AUUACCGAACAAGCGGUUGAGGAAAACUCCCCGGCUUCCCUCUUCCAUCCUCGUAUCCCCGAAUCGAACAAACCGUUCUGCGUUCCCUCCUUCUCUUGUCUCUGUAACGGUUACCGGAAAUUAACGACCGCCUCCAUAUCAUCUGCUUCCGAAGCAAUGUCCGACGCUUACUGGAGAUACGCCGACCCCCGGCAGCCUCCGCAUCCGUCGUCGCAGCAACCGCAACAUCAACAGCAACAGCAGCCCCAGCACCAGCAGCAGCCUCCGAUGUCUUCUUUCGUCGGGAAACGCCCACGUACAGGCGAAUAUGAUGGUCCUGGUGGGCGUGAUCUCAUCAAUUACUAUGGCCGUGAAGAUGAAAGAAGUGGUGGUGGUGGUGGUGGUGUUCGAGUAAUUAGAGAUACAGAUGCCCUUGGAUCAUCUUAUGACCGUUAUCUACGCAGUAUGCAAGCUUCGUCAUAUGGUGGUGGUAAUGGACAACCUGCAAGAUCCAUGGGUACAGGUAUGGGAAGCAUGGAGCCUGGGGGUGCUCCAAUGAGUGACAGAAACCUUGGAUUCGGAGGUGGAAGGAGUGAUCUUUCCCUCCCUCCUGAUGCUAGCAGUACGCUGUAUGUAGAGGGUUUGCCCUCUGAUUGUACGAGGCGCGAAGUUUCUCGUAUCCUUUUAACUUUGCUUUUGUGAUUGUAUUUCAAGGUUGUAUUGCAACGAUAUAUUUCUAUUUCGUAACUCCUUGAUCUAAGUUGACAGAUAUAUUCCGGCCUUUUGUUGGUUACAAAGAAGUUCGACUAGUGAGCAAGGAGUCGAGACGUCCUGGGGGAGAUCCAUUGAUCCUCUGCUUUGUUGACUUCAUGAGUCCUGCCCAUGCUGCCACCGCUCUGGAUGCCUUGCAAGGUAAAGCAUCCUUAUCAUGCAUUAUGUUAGCAUCAAAGUCAUCCUCAUUUGUGUUGUUUUCCCUCUUAAUAGUUGCCCCAUUUUCAAUUGUUUUCUUGUGGAUUCAAGUGGUACCAUUUAGAUUGGUUCCUGCUUCAGAUAUGGAUAUUCCAUUAUGCUCAACAUACCAAAACCUGAGUGUCAAAUUGAUAACAAUGGUAGAUUGUCUUGCUAAGUGGGGCUUUAUCUGGUUGUCCGCUUGCGAACUCAACUGAGCUUGAACAUUUUUCGCAACACCAAAGCGACUGGUCAUUUUAUACCCAAAUCGUCCUCGGUGUCCUUUCGCUUGUGGGAAGGAUCGAAUGGUUGGCUCCUCAAUUCUUACGUGUGUGCGAACUGGUUUAAUGUUCGUGCAGUACGUUCAGUGCAGUAUGUUUCUGAGUGCUUAUUUUGCGGUGAAUGAAUUCUUACAUCGCUCGAAACCGUCAGCGGUCAUCCUGCGUGCGUAAAUAGUCGAGCUCGCUUUUUGCAGGUUAUAUGUUUGAUGAGCACGAUCAUGAUUCGCUUCAGUUAAGGUUGCAAUUUGCUCGCUAUCCUGGUGCGAGAUCAGGUAGCGGGCAUCGUGGCAAGCGUUGAGUGACACGAUGAUUUUGCCAGGUGACUAGUGCUUACUAAUCCCGCUCGACCUCUUACUACUGUUCAUGCGGUCGUCAAUUAAGUAACAAUGGAUUCGGCUAAAAUCAUCCAACCGUCUAUGUAGGAUUUGGCUAAACGACAGCCUCACUUCGAGUAUUAUGUGAUUGCCCUAAUGGAUGCUUUCACUAGGUCGAUAAACUCGAUUAUGCGUCUUCGCAGCGCAGGCGGAUGCAGACCCCUUACCUUGUCUGUUGAGAGAGUUGGAAAGUUUACGCUUUGAAUAAUGAUCUAGAGUUCUUACAAAAUUCUGGUGGAUUUGUUGUUCCUUAUUUCGCCGGUGCGGUGAAUGUUUGUUUAUGUAUUGAUAUUUACCAAUGGGAGGUGAUCUUAGGGAGUGAUGUACUUAUUCAUGCUUAGCUCAUAUCUCAGAGAGUGUACGGAGAGUGAGUGAUGUAUACUACUAUAAGCUGCCUGCCUAUGGAUCUUAUGUUUGUGCUAUUCUAUCGAUGUUAACCCUUUCUUUACUAAGAAUUAUCCAGAAAUUCAGU